UGCCUCAGUCUCUCUCCAUCACUGUGCGGGCUGGUCGCUUCCCUCUUUGCUUCUGUGCACGCAUUGACUGUCAAACCCUCCACAGUGCGCGGACUCACCAGGGGAGGACAACCGGCGCUGCAGCUCCGUGGUCGUGGACUCCAAUGUGGAUACAAACCCCGAAGAGCUUCGAUCCAUGGGGAUACUUUAACUGGACCCUUCGACCAAUUACAUGAAAACAGAGCAGCACUGAAGGACCUUGGAGAGCCAGAAAGCAAGCGAGCGCUGGCCUUGGUUUGAGCGUGUGACCAGCGGAUAAACCUUGUUCAUGCGUCUCCCUGCGUGCCACUCCCACAUCACUAUGAACUGUGAGCAGGACUUUGGAGACGGGGGCUUGGGAGUGACCCUGACAUUACGACUGCUCAUGCAUGGAAAGGAAGUCGGCAGCAUCAUAGGAAAGAAAGGAGAGACAGUGAAGCGAAUACGUGAGGAGAGCAGUGCUCGUGUCAACAUCUCAGAAGGUUCCUGUCCAGAGAGGAUCAUCACCAUCACUGGAUCCACAGAAAGUGUCUUCAGAGCCUUCACUAUGAUCACAUAUAAACUGGAAGAGGACCUGACAUCACUGGUGGCCAACGGCACCAUCAGCUCCAAGCCACCCGUCACCCUGCGGCUGGUCAUUCCUGCCAGCCAGUGUGGCUCUCUUAUCGGUAAAGGAGGGGUCAAGAUUAAGGAGAUUAGAGAGAGCACUGGUGCUCAAAUACAGGUGGCGGGGGAUUUACUGCCCAACUCUACUGAGAGAGGGGUGACGAUAUCUGGGAAUCAGGACUCCGUAAUCCAGUGUGUCAAACUCAUCUGUGCAGUGAUCCUGGAGUCUCCCCCGAAGGGCGCCACCAUCCCUUAUCGGCCGAGCCCUUCACCAGCCACCCUCCUCAUUGCGGGCAACCAGGUGUUCGAAGCAUCUGAUUUUGCACCCCAUCCUCUGUAUUCAGUCGCCCAGGGUGGCCUUGACCUGCAGCAGGCGUACACUUUGCAAAACCAAUACGGCAUUCCACACUCUGAGUUGGCCAAACUCCAUCAACUGUCAAUGCAGCAAGGCCUCAAUCCAGUCGCCCAGCCCGCUUCCACUAUCAUCCCUGGUAUGGAUGCAAAUGCUCAGACAUCUCAGGAGCUGCUUAUUCCUAACGAUCUGAUCGGCUCCAUCAUCGGCCGUCAGGGCACCAAGAUCAACGAGAUCAGGCAGGUGUCGGGGGCCCAGAUCAAGAUCGGCAGCCAACUGGACGGGACAAGUGACCGCCAUGUCACCAUCACAGGAACCCCAGUCAGCAUCAACUUGGCCCAGUACCUAAUUACCUCCUGUUUAGAGACAGCCAAAUCCACAGCUCAGGCCGCCACCAUGGCAGCACCCGUCGACCUCAACAUGGCCUUCACCCAACCGGCGUCCCCAGCCUCCCCUGCUCCCACCCUGGCCACCCUGACCCCGGCUCACGUUUUGGGUGCCCCGUACGGCGCCAUGCCCCUCUCCGGCCUGCUGGGGAUGAAGUCUGUCCCCUUUCUGACUCUGUCCAGCCCGGCCCCCGCCGUGGCGGUCACGGCAGCGCCUUCCCACACCACUCUGGCAGCCUACACGGCCAAAAUCUCCUCAGCCAAUUGCAUCAAAAAGCCAGAGAGACAGAAGUUUGCCCCCUACUGAUGAAGUCUCCAUGCCCGGGGAGCCAGAUGAAGGACAGCUGUUCAUGUUCUUCCGCAAACGCCUGAUGUAGCCAUAUCCCUCAGGGGACUAUGAUUCUAUGAUGCACCAACAGAGAAGAGACCAAUGGAGUAAAGCUUUUCAAAUCAUUUACAGAAAUAAACCCAAUGUGAGAUUCACGUCCAAUUGGUGGGCUGCCGUCAUCGUCACUUCACUCUUAUUGAUCUAUUAAGUCAAAAUAUAUAAAAGGGCUUGAAGCUCAUCUGAAAGACACAUGUUUAAACACGUUUUCACAUGUGUGUCUCACGUCGGAGGUCAGCCAUAAGUAUUUAUCCUUCAAUAAUUUGUAAAUUAUACUCAGAUGACAAAAUACGCCACUGUAUGAUGCUUUUAUACAACGUCUAUGUUUGCCUCUGGAAGUUUUUAAGAAAAUUUGUAAAUGUACGGGGGAAUUUGUUUUUAUGGUACUGUACUUGACUGUUCAGUGUUAUGUUCCUUCAGUUGGAUUUUAUUUAGAUUGUGCACUUGUUUCUUCUUUAUUUAUUAGUAUUGUUUCAUGUAUUAAAAGUCUUUGUUUCCUGA